AUGUCGCCCUCGGUGCAACAGAGUCACUUUAAACUGCUGCAGCAGUUUAAGCCCGACUACUCGCCCAGCAAAUUCGCCGAGUAUGAGUCCCAGCGCACUGGCAUGCGGGUUGUGGUCAUUGACCAGAAAGGACCCAAGGUGAACGGUUACUUUGUGCUCGCAACUGAGAUCCAUGAUGACUCUGGCGCCCCUCAUACUCUGGAGCAUCUUUGCUUCAUGGGAUCACGCAACUACAGAUACAAGGGUUUCCUUGACAAGCUGGCCACUCGGGUCUAUUCCAACACCAACGCCUGGACAGCUCCCGACCACACAGCUUACACUCUUGAUACUGCAGGCUGGGAGGGCUUUGCCCGGAUUCUGCCUGUCUACCUUGAGCAUGUCAUCGCUCCGACCCUGACCGAUGAGGGCUGCUAUACUGAAGUUCACCACAUCGAUGGCUCUGGAAAUGAUGCGGGUGUGGUUUACUCUGAGAUGCAGGGUGUUCAGAAUAACGCGGCCGAACUGAUCGACCUGGCGGCCCGUCGAGCAACUUACCCCGAAGGUGUCGGCUUCCGCUAUGAGACUGGAGGUAUGAUGGAGCAACUGCGUGUCCUCACUGCCGAGCGGAUUCGGGAGUUCCACCGUGAGAUGUAUCAGCCCAAGAACCUUUGCCUGGUUAUCACGGGUGAAGUCGAUCAAAACAACAUGCUUGAGAUCUUGGACAAGUUUGAAGACACCAUUCUGGACGUGAUCCCGAGCCCCGAGGCCCCCUUCAAGCGACCUUGGACCGACUCUAAGCAAGCUCCUGCCUUGACCAAGUCGAUCACUGAAACAGUCGAGUUUCCUGAGGAGGACGAAGAUUUCGGUGAAGUCGAGAUUCGAUUCUUGGGACCGGAUUGCAAUGAUCCCAUCCAAUCUGGUGCUCUAAACGUGGCUCUUUUGUACCUGGCUGGAUCGUCUGCAUCUCUGCUGGAGAACGUCAUUGUCGAGAAGGAACAAAUUGCCAGUGCAGUCUACUAUGCUACCGAUGACCAUCCUAGCAUGGAGAUUCGAUUCACAAUGACCAGCGUCGAAACCGACAAGCUCGCCCAGGUUGAGAAGAGAUUCUUCGAAAUUCUGAAAGAGGCCAUGGGCAAGGCGCUCGAUAUGAAGUACAUGAAGGAGUGUAUCGACCGCCAGUGCCGUUCCUGGAAAUUUGCAACUGAAAGCAACGCUGCAUCGCUGGCCGAAUAUGUCAUCACCGACUUCCUGUACGGAAAACGUGACGGCUCGACUCUGAGAGAUGUUGCGACCCUGAAGGAGUACGACGUCCUUCGAGCUUGGUCUGAGGACCAGUGGAGAGAGUUCAUCGUCAAUUGGAUUGCUGAUGCACACCACGUUUCCAUUCUUGGUGUUCCGUCCAAGAAGCUUGCUGACAAGCUCAAGACCGACGAAGAAGCUCGCGUCGCCGCGCAGAAGCAGCGUCUUGGUGAGAAGGGUCUGAAAGAGCUUGCUGAAAAACUUGAGCAUGCCAAGGCAGAGAAUGAUAAGGAGAUCCCCCAGGAGAUGUUGGCUGAGUUUGCUAUUCCUGGUGCCGAGUCUAUCCACUUCAUGGACACUACUACUGCUCGAUCUGGUGCUGCUCUCAAGGCUGGAUGCCCAGACCAUAAGAUUCAAAAGAUCGUAGAUGCCGAUGGAUCGUCAGAACUCCCUCUCUUCAUCCACUUUGAGCACAUUGAGAGCAGCUUCGUGCAGCUGGCUGUUCUCAUCUCUGCGCAGACUGUUCCCAUUCAGCUCCGCCCCUUGCUCUCCAUUUACACCGAAGCAUUCUUCAACAUUCCUGUCCAGCGCGACGGCAAAACGAUCGACUUCGAACAGGUUGUCGUGGAAUUGGAGAAGGAUACCGUUGGCUACGGAAUGGAAACCGCCCGCAGCCUCGGUAACUCUGAAAUGCUGCGUGUCUCCUUUCAGGUCGAGCUUGAGAAGUACGAGACUGCCAUCGCAUGGCUGCAAGAGCUGUGCUGGAACUCCAUUUUCGACGUCGAGAGACUCCGUGCUAUCAACGCCAGACUGCUGGCCGAUGUGCCCGAUUCCAAGCGCAGCGGUGAUGACAUGCUUGCAGCGGUGCACAUCAUGGUUCACUAUGCCGAAGAGUCUAUUGCUCGGGCUCGCAGCACUUUGGUGAAGGCUCGCUACUUGAAGCGUGUCAAGAAACUGCUUGCUGAGAAGCCCGAGGAGAUUGUGACCCGCAUGGAGGAAAUCCGCAGCUCCCUCUUCCAGCCCGAUAAUGUUCGUGUUAUUGUGAUCGCCGACUUGGAGAAGCUCUCUCGACCCGUCUCAUCCUGGAAGCCGUUUGCCGAUCGCCUCGGAAUUACAAUGGAUCUGCAGCCUAUCACCAACCGCCGGGCUCUGCUUAGCGAUGCAGGCAAGUCUAUUGGGGGCACGUCUUACAUUGUUCCCAUGCCCACUGUGGACUCCUCCUACGCUUAUGCUACUGGUCGGGGUCUUGACUCUUAUGACCACCCCAAGCUUCCGGCCUUGCUCGUUGCCAUUGCCUACAUGAAUGCCGUUGAAGGACCCCUUUGGGUUGCCGUUCGUGGUAAGGGUCUGGCGUACGGCACCAACUUUGCCUACAACAUUGACACUGGCUUCGUCAACUUUGAUGUUUACCGGUCCCCGAACGCACACAAGGCGUUCGAGUCUAGCAAGAAAAUCGUCGAGGACCACCUUUCUGGUGCUACUCUCUUCGACCCUUUGAUGCUGGAAGGUGCUAUUAGUAGCAUUGUUGUUGGUUACGCCAACGAGCAGAUGACUGCUGCCACCGCUGCUCAGGGUAGUUUCAUCCGCCAGGUUGUGCGCAAUCUACCUAGUGAUUACAAGGAGAAGAUGCUCAAGAAAGUUCGGGGUAUCAAUGUUGACGAGGUCAAGGGUGCUCUCCGUGAGAUCAUUCUGCCGCUCUUUGAAGCUAAGACUGCCAAUCUUGUUGUCACCUGUGGCACUGUCUUGGAAGAUACUCUCAAGCAAGGCUUCGAAUCAUUUGGCUUUACACCUCAGGUCCAGGUCCUCAAGGAGUUUGAGGAUGACUAUGGUCUGAAGCUUGAUGGUGACGAGGAGGAUGAUGACGAUGAAGAUGUCGAGGACUACGAAUCUGAUGAGUCUGGUUCGGAAGAAAGUGACGAAGAAAUGGACGAGUGA